AUGAAGGCCGUGAUUGCAUUCGAACGACUGGUUGCAUUGGUAUUUGCUUGCUUGGAAAACCUAAUACAUGGCGCCGUCAUCUUUGGCUGGCCCUCACUCGUCUUUGUCUACCUACAGCUUGGCUAUUUCCACGACCUGUGUAGCGACAGCAGCGAAAAUGCUACAUCACCCGUGAUUCUCACUACCACCACCACUGCUCAUAACCUCACCAUGGUAGAAGGUCUCGAGUCGUGUCCAGAACAGGAAAGUCGUCUUCAGCUAGUCUUCUCUAUCGCUGUAGCUUUACAGGCAACAUGCAUGUUCCCUGUUGGGUUCUUAUUCGAUCGGUUUGGUACCAGAUUUUCUCGGCUGGUCAUGAGUAUCCUCCUGUUGGUUGGUUACGUAUUAAUGGCGUUAAGUUCUCCAACGUACCCUAUUCUGGUGUUUCCCGGAACCAUCUGUUUUACCAUUGGAGGAGUCAUCAUGCUCUUCUCUUCCAUGCAGAUCGGGAAUCUGUUCGGAGGAAAAAAGUCGACAGUUAUUACGAUUAUCAACUCUAUGUACGGAGCAGCCGUCAUCAUGCUCGUAAUUGCGAAGAGGGUGCAUGACUCCGGAUUUUCAAUCAACAUGUUCUUUUUCAUCAUGGCCGCGUCGGUAAUCCCUCUAAACAUCAACACGUUCCUCCUCUUGCCCACCAAGUACAUCCCGUGGCCCCUACCUGAGGGGUACAAACUCGUUAACUUUUGCACCCCUAGGACUCCUUCAGGAGCGAAGGAAGAACAAGAGAGUGCAUCCUACAACAGAGGUUACGUAGGGGACCUUGACUCCGAUAUGACAGGUGUCGAUGGGCACUACAGACAAAAAGGAGUUGAGUCGAUCAGCAGGGACCUUGACAGAGAGGCGGUAGUUUCUCGAAUAGAGACAAGCAAAGACAUAUCCGAAUAUGGUAUCUCUGAAGUCGAAGAGCGCAAAAAUAAAGAGUAUGGAAGCCUCGGUGCGUGUAUCCUUUCGACGCCAUUUUUUAUGUUGCUUCUCUGGCAGGCGUUCCUUGAGAUCGACUUGACCUUCACUAUCGGUACCCUGACCUUCUUCUUGACAAGAUUGUCCGAUGGCGAUGAAGAUUUAGUGAGUUGGUACACAGAUAUUUUCUCCAUCACUCGAUUCUUUGUCCUCAUCGUUGGUCCUCUUGGUGGUCUACUCAUGGACAGGAACAAGCUCUCAACCUCCUGCUCAUUAACCAAGCAACCACAAAAGAGAGGUCCAUAUGCAGACGUGAGAGAUAGCUGUCUACCUCUGGCGAUCACUACUUUCGCUUCAAUCGGCUACACCAUUUGUCUUCUGAUUCCAAACCUUCAACUCCAGUAUCUAAGUUUUAUCCUUAUCCUCAUUGUGGGAUCUCUGCUCUUCGGCGUCGGUUCUGCAGUCGUUGCCGUCGUGUAA